ACUCCAGUGUAUGGAUUUGUGAACGGUACUGUGAAAUGUAACGAGAAAAUUGCAGAAUUAACAGAUAUCACACGACCGUUACUGAGGGAUUCAGUUGAGGCGGUCAAUAAGGUGAAAAUGUGGAUACUGUUCUUGAUCCCGAGAAUCGAAGACGGUAACAAUUUCGGUGUUUCAAUUCAAGAGGAAGCUCUUAAUGAGGUUCGAACGGUGGAGGGCGAAGCAGCAUCGUUCUUGGAUCAGAUAUCACGUUAUUUCGUAAGCCGUGCGAGAUUGAUCACCAAAGUGGCUAAAUAUCCGCACGUGGAAGAUUAUCGCCGUGCCAUAUUGGAUAUGGAUGAGAAGCAAUUUAUAAAUAUUCGUUUGGUACUGACCGAAAUGCGGAAUCAUUUUGCGACACUUCAUGAUAUGAUCACGAAAAAUUUAGAGAAAAUUAAAACACCCCGAAAUAAUAACAUUGAGCAUAUGUAUUGA